CCCGCGUUUUAUAGUUUAAACUCUGAAUGCUUUCUAUAUUAAAAUCUCGUCUUAAUCCAAAGAAUGUUUAAAUUGUCUUUAAAAAAAGUGUGUGAGAAGACUGUGGGCAUUUUUAAGAUGAGAGCUGAAGACUCGGAUGCUGGGGACGUUUACUGUCGCGCUUCAAAACCAUCAAACUUCAGUUCCAGAUGGGCGCACACUGGCAUCAGCAGCAGUCGGAGACACAGGUAGAGAAGAAAGCAUUGUGCUGUAGUAGAACCAGCCACUUGCAUGGCAGCAACUAUGACAUCACAGCACCACGCAUCAUCACUAUGUCAUCACCGCAGGAUCAGCGGGGCGCCCAGACAACACGUGGGCUCCCUGGUUCAUGUCAUGUGGGUAGUGAUGAUGGGAUUUACUCCAGAAACCUGGGCCUCCUCAGAAACUCAACCUCAUUCCAUAAAGAUCGAGGGUGACAUCACUCUGGGAGGCCUUUUUCCAGUGCAUUCCAGGGGCCCCGCUGGUGUUCCAUGUGGGGAAAUUAAGAAGGAGAAGGGGAUCCAUCGUAUGGAGGCCAUGAUGUAUGCGCUAGACCAGAUCAACAGCGACCCUGACCUGCUGCCUAACAUCACUCUGGGUGCCAGGAUACUGGACACGUGCUCCAGGGAUACAUAUGCGCUGGAACAGUCCCUCACCUUUGUCCAGGCCCUCAUCCAGAAGGACAACUCAGAUGUUCGAUGUUCCAAUGGAGAACCACCUAUCAUCCCAAAACCAGAGCGUGUGGUAGGGGUCAUCGGGGCUUCGGCCAGCUCAGUGUCCAUAAUGGUGGCCAAUGUUCUUCGUCUGUUUGUGAUACCUCAGAUCAGUUAUGCUUCAACAGCACCUGAGCUUAGUGACAACAAUCGCUAUGACUUUUUCUCCCGAGUCAUGCCGCCUGAUUCCUUCCAAGCCCAGGCGAUGGUAGACAUCGUCAAAGCCAUGGGCUGGAACUAUGUUUCUACUCUGGCAUCAGAGGGCAACUAUGGAGAGAGUGGUGUAGAUGCUUUCGUUCAGAUAUCCAGGGAAGCAGGAGGUCUUUGCAUCGCACAGUCUAUUAAAAUUCCUAGGGAGCCAAGACCAGGAGAGUUUGACAAGAUCAUCAAAAGGCUAAUGGAGACAUCCAAUGCCAGAGGGGUUAUUAUCUUCGCUAAUGAAGAUGACAUCAAGCGUGUCCUGGAAGCAGCAAAAAAAGCCAAUCUUACAGGUCACUUUUUGUUUGUGGGAUCUGAUAGCUGGGGAGCAAAAAACUCACCCAUUCUAAACCUGGAAGAUGUGGCUGAGGGUGCGGUUACUAUCCUCCCCAAGCGGGCAUCUAUUGAUGGUUUUGACCAAUACUUCACAACAAGAUCACUGGAAAACAACAGGAGGAACAUCUGGUUCGCUGAGUUCUGGGAGGAUGACUUCAAAUGCAAACUGACACGGCCUGGAAUCCGAGGCAACAGCGGGCUGAGGAAAUGCACAGGAGAGGAACGAAUCAGCCGGGAUUCGGCAUACGAGCAGGAAGGAAAGGUGCAGUUUGUGAUCGACGCUGUGUACGCCAUGGCCCACGCACUCCAUAGCAUGCACAUUGACCUCUGUCUGGGUUCGAUGGGCGUUUGUGACAAAAUGGACCCGGUGGAUGGAAGAAUGCUGCUGAGUUACAUCCGUGCCAUCAAUUUUAAUGGCAGUGCUGGAACAGGUGUGAUGUUUAAUGAAAACGGUGAUGCCCCAGGACGAUACGAUAUCUUCCAGUACCAGCUUUCUAAUACCACCAAUCCGGGAUAUAAAGUAAUUGGCCAGUGGACCAACCACUUACGACUCAAUGCUGAGGACAUGCAGUGGUCUGGAGGGGAUAAACUGGUUCCAGACUCGGUUUGCAGUUUUCCCUGCGAGUCUGGGGAGAGGAAGAGGAUGGUGAAGGGUGUGCCGUGCUGCUGGCACUGUGAGCUAUGUGACGGCUAUCAGUACCUCCUGGAUGAGUUUAACUGCGAUAUGUGCCCCUUUGACAUGAGGCCCACCCCUAACCGCACGGGCUGCCGUCCUACUCCCAUCAUCAAGCUGGAGUGGAGCUCUCCGUGGGCCAUCAUCCCAGUAUUUCUGGCAGUGCUGGGCAUUCUUGCUACAUCAGGAGUCAUCAUCACUUUCAUCUGCUUUAACGAUACCCCCAUAGUCCGCGCUUCGGGCCGAGAGCUCAGCUAUGUUCUCCUGACGGGCAUCUUCCUCAUCUAUCUUAUUACCUUCCUCAUGAUCGCUGAGCCGAGCACGGUGGUCUGUGCAUUUCGCAGGUUGUUUUUGGGGCUGGGCAUGUGCAUCAGUUACUCUGCCAUGCUCACCAAAACAAAUCGGAUCUACAGGAUCUUUGAGCAGGGAAAGAAAUCAGUCACACCACCAAAAUUUAUCAGCCCGACAUCCCAGCUGAUCAUCACAUUUAUUUUGAUCUCAGUACAGCUCUUGGGUGUUUUCAUUUGGUUUGGAGUGAUUCCCCCUCACACGACUGUCGACUUUGAUGAGCUACGUCCCCCCAACCCUGAGUAUGCUCGUGGGAUCCUGAAAUGUGAUAUGUCAGAUCUGUCUCUGAUUGGCUGUCUGAGCUACAGUAUGGUGCUGAUGGUCACAUGUACAGUCUAUGCCAUUAAGAGCAGAGGGGUUCCUGAGACCUUCAAUGAGGCCAAACCCAUCGGCUUCACCAUGUACACCACCUGUAUCAUCUGGCUGGCCUUUGUGCCCAUAUUUUUUGGCACAUCACAAUCCACAGAAAAGAUGUUCAUUCAGACCACCACGCUGACCGUGUCCAUGAGUUUGAGCGCCACGGUGUCCCUGGGCAUGUUGUACAUCCCCAAAGUCUAUGUCAUCAUCUUCCACCCAGAGCAGAAUGUUCAGAAGCGCAAGCGCAGCUUCAAAGCCGUGGUCCAGGCAGCCACCGUUUCCACUCAUCUCUCACAGAAGUCCAGCGACAAGCAGAACGGAGAGACCAAAGCUGAACCAGAUAGAUCCCAAUAAAGACCAAGAGGCCUGUGUACAUCCUAAUGAAGUAGUCUGAGAAAAAUAGUCAAGGCAAACUGCUGCUUGAUAAAUCAUUCAUUUUGCAACCAUUAAUGGAUGAGGAUCACCAGAGGAUGCGCUGAUAUUUUUUAUAUCUGCAAUACAAGAGUCUGGGUGAGAAAAACACUAAUAUAAUGUAUAAAUGAAUAGUACAACAUGUGCAGAAAUUAGAGGAUCAAUGGAUUCUUUGUGAUGUGGAACUCUCACAUCAGCUUUGAGACUGAAAAUAUUUGUUCCCUUUAAUAUUUCCCUUGUCACCACGGCAUCACCAGUUGAGAUGAAAUCAUAGAUUCAUGAAUUCAUGAUAAAGAAGACUGUCCAUACAGAGUCCCUUUGGAGAAAAAAAAACUAUAGAAAAUUUCUUCCACCGGCAUUUUUUGAAGGACUAAGUGUUUGUAUCUGAUGUGUACAAAUGAAAUCGGACUUAAACUUGGGCACACAUCAGUGAGUCACGUUCAGUUUCAGUCAUCUCCAUCCUUAUCCCCUUAUCCUAAAUACAUAUCAUAAAAGAUCAAAUGAGUCUAUCAGAGCUACGGAGACAAUGUUGGGAUCAAAUGUGAUUCAACAGCUGGAGUGAACACUCUUUGCUUUUAAAAAUGUGCCAUAACUUUGUUUCAGAAUAAAUGUUUUAAGUGUCUUGUGUGCAGUCCUCAUAGGCAAUAUCCUGUAUUCCUAAACAUAUUUAUUAAAAAUGAUAGAUUACCAAGAAAAAGCAAUGACAAUCUGUAAUGAAACAACA